UUGCCACCAAGCACGAACUUAAAGUUGAUGGCGGACCAAGUGUUUUAUGGUGAACUAGCGAUAUUAGGUCUUAAUGGUGCUUUGGCUGAGUCUGGAAAUACUGCACGACACACAUCUAAAAUAUCUUUGUUCAAACGUCGUGAAGCAAAUGGAGUUCGACCUGGACCCGUGAACAAGGUUCCUAAAGCUAGAAACUCAGUCGCAGUGACAAAUCGGAAUACACCUGCCAUCUCGUUUACUUUAUCGAGGAAUGUUACAGUAGUUGUAGAAUAUGUGCCUGAUCCUAAAGUGGAUAUGUUUCAGAUUGGUCGAAGUACUGAUAAUCACAUAGAUUUUGUUGUAUCCGAACCGAAACCGUCAGUUAGUCAAAAUGAUCAGCAGCACGUCAAUAAUAAUAACAAUAAUAAUAAUAAUAAUAAUAAUAAUAAUAAUAAUAAUAAUAAACAAUGUAAAGAUAAUUCAAAAGAUUCCAAUCGUGGUAAUUAUGAAAGUGCAGUUUCACGUUUUGCUUGUCGUAUUCAUAUUGAUCGUGAUCCACCUUACACUGCUCGUUUAUAUGCAGCUGGAUUCGAUGCAUCAAAUAAUAUUUUUUUAGGGGAACGUGCUAUAAAAUGGAAGUGUGACAAUUCUAUGGAUGGUUUAACAACAAAUGGUGUCAUGAUGUUACGGAUUCCUCCAGCUAAAAUUAUUGAACAAACAAAUGAAGCUUCAGAUCGUGAUUCUAAUAUUCGAUCACAAUGGCGUGAAGUUAGUGUAUGUGGUUCUGUAUAUGAAAUGCGAAGUAAUCGUUGCGUACCAACUAAUUUGGUUAAAGAAGAUAAUAUUCUCACUGAUAUGACAAUUAUAGAUCUAUGUGGAGUAACUUUAUUAUGGCGAUCUAGAUCAGGAUUAAAAUAUACAGCUUGUUCAGAGGAUUUAAUGAAAAUGAUCAAUGGAUUGAAUCAAGCUCAUAUUCAAUGUCCUGUCCUAUAUCGUACAUUGAAACUUCCACUUUUACCUCAAAGUACACAUUUUUCACCUCAUUCUGACAUAGUUAAUAUGGAAAAUAACAAUGGGAUAUUAAAUAACGACAAUGCACUAUCUAAACUAGAAUCAGAUCAAAUUAGUCCUGAUCAAAUGCCUUAUGUGUAUGUAAGCUGUGGUCAUGUACACGGUUGGCAUAAUUGGCGUGCAGUUGGUGAUGUAAAUAGUCGUCGAACAUGUCCACUAUGUUUACAAGCAUCAUUGUUUAUCCCAUUACGUAUGGGCAUUGAGUCAGCAUUCUAUGUUGAUCGUAGUUUAGCUACGCAUUGUUUUAAUCCUUGUGGACAUAUUGCUUCAGAAAAUACUGUACGAUACUGGUGUAGUUUACAAUUAUUAAAUCGAUAUAAUUUUGAAUUACACGCAAGAUGCCCAUUUUGUUUGACACAAAUACAUUCAAAACCAGUGAAAUUAUUAUUUCAAAGUGAUUUAUCAGAAGAAGAAUUUUUGGAAUUAAUUAAAGAACAAUUAUACGUGCGUACAUUAAAUAUGGAAAAAUACGAAACAUUAUCACGUUCUAUCCAUAAAAUAAAUAAUAGAUCAUCAAAAAUUAAUUCAUCACAAUCUCAUUCCAUUUCUAAUAAUAAUAGUAAUAAUAACAGUAACCAAGAAUCUGUUCAUUCAUCUUCAUCUUCCCCUCCUCAUCCUCAUCUUACAUCUUCUCCCUACAACCAUGAUGAUCGUCUUCAUUCUUCAUCGUGUUCAUCAUCUGAUGAAGUAUUAUUAUCUUCUACAUCAUCAUUAUCACAAAUUAUAUCAUCAUCACCAACUACCUCUUAUUUAUUAAAUAAUAUUCAUUCAUCAAAUAAUCCUUGUCGAUCAGCAGCAGUAGUAGUGGCAUCACAAGAAAAUUCUAAUUCUUUACGAUUAAAUGAAAAUCAUUCAAUCAAUCAUGAUAAUCUUAACGUUCCACAUACAAACUAUACACCUUGUUUAUAGUUUAACUAAAAUUAUUUCAUCAGAUUGAUUUUCGUUUUACUUGUUUUUUUCUCUACUGGACUUUCAUCGCUAACAACUAAAACAAUUUUUACUUCUAGAGAGAACGAGAGAGACAUUACCAAAGUAAUCCAAAUUGUAACUAAGCACAUUCUUUCAAAUUCAUCCAACUUUUUUGUAUGCUCAAAUAUUUCACUUAAAACCUUAUCCAUCUUAUGAUCAUCAUCAUUCUCAUUAAUAUUUUGAUUCUUCAAACACCUUUACUCAUUAUUUUGAGGGAAAUAAAUAAAUUUAUUACAUACAACACUAAUUCACUUCAUUUGGCUUUUUUUUCUUCUAAUGAAAUUAAAAAUAAUGUUAUGCUAUUGUACUACUAUUUUUACCCAUAUUUCCUUUCCUUUUUAUAUCUUUUAACAAAACAAUCUAAUGUUAAAUGUUUGUUGGUUAUAUUUCUCAUUACUGUUUAUUAAUAUAUUUAAUAUUAUAUUAUUAGUUUUAAAUAGUUAAAAAUAAUAUCAUUGUUAAUCUUGUGUAAUGACACAUCUCAAUCCCUUUUUUUCAUACUAUCCAAAAUGUAUUAUCCAUAUAAUUCAUAUUUUCUAAGUAACCGGUACUAGUUAAGUAUACAUACAUACUUAUUCAGUCUUACUGAUUGUGAUUGUGUUAAACUGGAUUUCUUUUGUUUGUUUGUUUGUUUGUUUAUGUUCAUCGGAAUAGUUUUGCUCCAAUAACUUGUAAGUGUAACAUUUAUCACUACUUUUCCGUAUUAUCUUUCUUUUUUUUU